GGACUUUUAUGGUCGGGCCUUGGCCCUGGCGCGGCCAGGGCCGGUCCGAUUCCGCCAGCCUCUCUGUGCGCAGACAGCAUCCGUCAGGCUGCCAUCGCAGCGUCCUCCAUCCUGCUGCCCACCGAGCUCCCCUGUCCGCCUGCGUCUACUCCCCUUUCCCCGGUGCCUGCACCAACGCCGGCAGGGUGCCGACGGCUUAGCCGGAAGUCCCAUCACACAGCCAUCGGCGAAACGAAGAGAAGGCACUUUGCUUCACGGACACCUUCACGUGACGUGAGUCAUGGCGAGAGCUGGGUUGGAGUACCAUAUCGUCUUUCUCGUGCUAGUUCUCUGUUCCAUCGACUUGAGUAAGUUUUCCAACAAACAAAGCCAGCAUCCAACUGUGACCAAUCAGAUGAUCUUCGCGCUUCAUAAAUGUGUAGCUCCCAUGGUUCAAACACCGGCAGAGUGAGAGAGAGAAGGGCAGAACGUUGCCGGACAAUGUCUCCCCACAUAAUGCUGGUUGCCUUUCCGGCUCAAGGCCAUAUCAACCCCAUUCUCCAAUUAGCCAAGCUCCUCGCCAGCCGUGGCGUUCUCACCACCUUCGUCACCACAACCCACGCCCACAAUCUCAUCAGCCGCAGCGCCGCCGCCACCACCAUUACCGGCCUCUCCUUUGCCUCCAUCUCCGAUGGCUAUGACUCGUCAGUCGAAACAACUGCGCCGGACUAUGCUCAAAACCUUAACCGUCACGGCCCCUCAUCUCUUACGUCCCUCGUCCGCUCGCUCGCCGCUUCCGGCCAACCCGUCGACUGCAUCGCCUACAAUUUUCUUCUCACGUGGGCCGCCGACGUCGCUUCCAGCCUCGGUGUCCCCUCGGCUCUGCUGUGGAUCCAACCAGCCUCCGUUCUGUCGAUCUUCUACCACUUCGUGGAACAGUCCCCCCACCUGUUCGGCGACAAUUCGGGCGAUAUCCACCUUGCCGGCCUACCCUCCCUCCACGCACACGACCUCCCCACCUUCCUCCUCCCUGAAGACGUUAUCUAUCAUGCUGUCUGCCACAACCUCUCCAGCAUGUUCAGAGCCAUCAAGGAUUCCAAAACCAAAUGGGUGCUCGUCAAUUCCUUCGACGCUCUCGAGCCAGAAGCCAUCGCCCAAAUGCGCUCCAUUUUUCCCGGUGUUGCCGCCGUCGGUCCGUUGAUCCCCUCAGCCUUCAUGGACGCCAAAGAUCCCAAGGAUACCUCCUUCGGCGGUGAUCUGUUGAACCAGAAGCAUCCCAAUAACGGAUGCACGACACCGGACAGAAGCGUUCUUGAAUGGCUCGACUCAAGACCUGAAGCCUCAGUCGUGUAUAUUUCGUUCGGCACUUGGGCGAAGCUGGCAGCCGCGCAGUUGGAAGAAGUGGCCAUCUGGUUGACGGAGUCCGUGCACGGCUUCCUCUGGGUAGUGAGACCGCCUGAGAACUACGGCGGGUUUCCUAUCGGUUUCGAGGAAGCGGUGAAGAAGAGGGGGAUGGUGGCGGAGUGGUGCUCGCAAGUAGAGGUGUUGAACCACCCUGCAGUGAGCUGCUUCGUGACCCAUUCCGGUUGGAACUCGACAUUGGAGGGGCUGGUGAGCGGGAAGCCGAUGGUGUGCCUGCCUCAGUGGAGCGAGCAACCGACCAACGCGAAGUUCGUGCAGGACGUGUGGCAGACGGGCGUGAGGGCGAAGCGAGGGGAGGACGACGUGGUCGGAAGGGAGGAGCUCCGGCGGUGCGUGGAGGAGGUGGUGGGAGAACAGCGGGGCAAGGAGGUGAGGGAGAACGCUGCCAAGUACAAGGAGCUCGCCAAGAAGGCCACGGCGGACGGCGGGUCGUCGGAACGGAGCAUGAGGGCCUUCAUUGACGAUAACGUUCCGAAGAUCUUGGCAUCAUCUGGGCCAUCGGAAGGGAACAAUCAACGGUGACAGAAGCAGGAUGUUGAUGGUGGCCGACGCAUGGAGUCCUUUCUACCUCUCUGCAUUUAUUAAUUUGUCGUUCGUCGAUUAAAUGAGAAUUGAGGGCGAAAUAAAUUCCUGAAAGCGAUCAACUCAGAAGCCUGCCGCCUGUCACCUGAGUUGUUGAAUGAAGCUGUUUUUCUGCCGAUUUUAAGUCGUACCAUCAAAA